AUGAGAUCAUCAAAAAAGGAACCCAGAAAAUCAAUAUUUGAUUUAGAAAGAAAAAUGUUUUCUUUCAUUUUUAAUAUCUUCUUCUGUUCGUUAUAUGAACAAGCAGCUAAUUCUGAACAAAAUUCCCAACUGUACAUUCUUCAGGGAUUAGAUAAUUAUUACACAUUAUUAAGACGACAAUCUAUCUAUCUAUCUAUCUAUCUAUUGCAGUCUAUUGACUAUCUAUCUAUCUACUGCAUUGAUUAUAUACAUAUGGUUAUCUAUCGCAGUUUUAAUCUAUCUAUCUAUCUAUCACAGUCUGCUGAUUUCUAUCUAUCUAUCCAUCUUUUAAUUUUAUCUAUCUAUCUAUCUAUCUAUCUAUCUAUCUAUCUAUCUAUCUAUCUCAGUCUGUUCAAAUCUAUCUAUCUCAGUCUGUUCAAAUCUAUCUAUCUAUCUAUCUAUCUAUCUAUCUAUCUAUCUAUCUAUCUAUCUAUCUAUCUAAAUGUCUGUCUUUCUUUUUCUUUCAUUUAUCUAGUUCUAUUCAUGUCAAUCAAUCCAUCUAUCUAUCUAUCUAUCUAUCUAUCUAUUCAUCUAUCUAUCUAUCUAUCUAUCUAUCUACGACUGUCUCCUUUUCCUCUAUCUUCUAUCUAUCUAUCUAUCUAUCUAUCUAUCUAUCUAUCUAUCUAUCUAUUCAUCUAUCUAAAUGUCUGUCUUUUUUUUUUUCAUUUAUCUAGUUCUAUUCAUGUCAAUCUAUCUAUUCAUCUAUCUAUCUAUCUAUCUAUCUAUCUAUCUAUCUAUCUACGACUGUCUCCUGAUUUCUAUCUAUCUAUCUAUCUAUCUAUCUAUCUAUCUAUCUAUCUAUCUAUCUAUCUAUCUAUCUGCUUGUGUUAUUCAUUUUCUAUCUAUUUAUCUAUUUGUUUAAAAUGUUUUAAAAAUCAUUUUGCGGUCUUUGUGUUUGCAUUUCGUUUGAAAGGAUUUUAUACACAUCGAUGGAAAGAUGGAAACAAUUUACAGAACGGCAUUUGA